GUCCUGCUUCGCCUGCCGGGCUGGGGCUCCGAUAGCGCAGGCGCACAUUGCGUUUGGGAGGGCCGUUGGGGAGCAGUUACUUGUUGAGACAGGCUGCAAAAGCAGGAGAAGGAGCGGCAACCGAGUGUCGUGAGGUGACGUGUUUAAAGGAGAGCUUGGCUGCAGGAAGAAAAGACUCCAUGCUGGAAUUAUAUUUCUUGGGAUAAUCUUGGGAUAUCUUCUCUCAAGAUCUCCAGAAGCUGGAUGACUACUUCAAAAAAAUAGUGCCUUCAACCAAGCCUAAUGAAAACAGAAGUGGUCACAUUCUACCUCAGCAAUAGAAAAGUGUCCUGAAAGGUGAGGAAGGGAGAGUGUGCACCUUCUUCUGGCAGGAUUACUUUUCCAAAUGAAGAAAGACUCUUAGGAGACUUAAGAGGAUCUUGUUCAACCUAGUACUUGCCUGCCUACUGUGCUGGCCAGAAUUUGGAAGUCCAAUCUCCUUUGAAGAGCACCAGAUUGCAAAAGGUUCCUUAAGGAAUGGAGUGAAGGAGGAGUUAACAGUUAAGAUUCCCUGCCUGGGGAAUUUAAACAUAUAUGGUAUUUGUACAAGAACCACCUAAGCAAGGAGCAGAGAAGGCUACAGGCUCCUUCUCCAAAGAGCCAACUUCUUCGCUCAGGAAUCUGCCCCGCGUAUUCACGAGCGCGAGGGCAGCCGCGCCAAAUGGAAUGCGCUCCGGUCCUGCGAAUAACGGUUGCUCAGCCAGAGAGCCGGAGAAGACACCGAGGCGCGGAAGCGAUCGCGCCGGGCCCUGGGACGAGAAGACCAAAGGGGAGAUGGCGAUUCGCUUCUACCGCACCGAUUGCUUGCAGGAGCCCCUCUCACGCGCCCUCCGCAACUUAGGUGCCUCCGUGGGCACCUACCCGUGGCCUUAUCUCCUCGUGCCUUUGGUAAUUUCGGGCGCCCUGUCAGUCGGCUUCAUCUUCCUACCCAGCCGCCAACCGAACGACCUGGAGGAGCAAUUCACGCCCAUCGAAGGCCCCGCCAAAACCGAGCGUAGUUUCGUGCAGAAGUACUUCCACACCGACGACGCCAAUCACUUCUCUCCGGAAAGACUGACCACUGAGGGUGCUUAUGCCACUUUAAUCGCGGUGGCGGCCCGACGCCACGGCUCACUACUGACUCGGGAGGCUUUCGCCGAGCUGUUGAAAAUAGAUCAGGCGGUGCGCGGCAUCCAGGCGGCUGGGUUCUCCUACGACCGUAUUUGCGCGCGAAACUUUGGCAAAUGCGUCAGCCCCAACCCACUCCUAAGCAUCGUCCAGGAUAAACCGGACUACCUCGAGGUGUUACGGCCCAAUCUAACCUUCCCGGUCUUCCGCAACCGGGUAUUCCUGGGCUUCUUCCUGGGGGGCGUCACGCUGGGCUCGGGCAAUGAGCCUGCGCGGUCUCUUCUCGGGGCCCGAGCGAUACGACUCAUCUACUUCCUGCAAGAGAAUGACCCGUCGAAACGGGAGGCCAGCAACCUCUGGUUGGAAGCCUUUGUGCAGCGCAUCCCCCUAAUAGUGGGCGCCCUGAACCUUACCGUUCUCAAGGUAGCUUAUUUUACCUCACUGUCAAGACAGAAUGAAUUUGAAAGCCUUGCUAGGGGUGUGAUCCCACUGGUCUCCAUCGCAUAUCUUUUAACGAUAGUAUUCUCAAUUAUUUCAUGUACAAGGCUAGAUUGUGUCCGAACAAAACUCUGGGUUGCAUUUUUUGGAGUUUUUUCAGCAGGCUUAUCUGUUAUCAGCAGUUUUGGAUUAAUGUUGUUUUCUGGAGUCCCAUUUGUCAUCACUGCUGCAAAUUCACCAUUUCUUAUACUUGGAAUUGGUGUAGAUGAUAUGUUCAUCCUGGUAUCCUGUUGGCAGCAUACAAAAGUAAAGGAUAGUGUCAAAGACCGGAUGGCUAACACUUAUUCAGAAGCAGCUGUAUCAGUUACUAUCACAACUAUGACAGAUGUUUUAGCUUUCUACAUUGGAAUUGCAACUUCCUUUCCAUCAAUUAGAUCAUUUUGUAUCUAUACAGGAACAGCCUUCAUUUUUUGCUACAUAUACAACCUGACAUUUCUUGGAGCUGUUCUAGCUCUAAAUGGUAGAAGAGAAAAAAGUAACAGGCAUUGGCUGACAUUCAUGAAAGUGUUUUCGGAGCCCCAAGAUUCCCGUGGCCGUAUGUAUAACCGAUGUUGCACAGGAGGACUUUAUGAUGAAGCUACUGGAACUGAGAUUGAACAUCCAAUGAAUUCUUUCUUCAGAAAGUAUUAUGGUCCCUUUCUUAUGUACAGCUGGACUAAGGUAUUUGUGGUAUUGCUAUAUUUCACAUACCUAGCAACUAGUUUAUUUGGAUGCUUUGUACUUCAAGAGGGUAUAGAUCUUCGAAAUAUAGCAACAGAUGAUUCUUAUAUCAUUCCAUAUUACAACUUUGAAGAUGAAUAUCUUUCAACAUAUGGUCCAAGGGUUAUGGUAAUAGUUACUAAAAGUAUAAUGUAUUGGGAUCCAUCUGUUCGUGCAGAACUUGAGAAAUGUAUGAAAACUUUAGAACAUUCAUACUUUGUGGAAAAGAAUUUUUCAGAGUCGUGGCUGAGAAUUUAUGAAAAUGUUGCUAAAAAGAUGUCUCUAGAUUUAAAUGAUCAUGAUGUAUUCAUUACAAAUUUACCUGUUCUAUUCAGAGAACCUUCUAACUCUCGGUGGGAUAUUAACAUUAGUGCAAAAGAAAUAAUAGCUUCUCGGUUCUUUAUACAGACCGUAAAUGUUAGAAAUUCAGUGGAUGAGAAAAAUCUUUUAAAGCAGCUAAGACGUAUUGCUAAAAAAUGUAAGAUACCACUAAUGGUUUAUCAUCCAGCUUUUAUACAUUUUGAUCAGUAUCUUGUUAUAAAUCAGAAUACCAUUCAAAAUGUUCUGAUUGCAGCCGGAGCUAUGCUAAUUAUUUCUUUGCUCCUGAUUCCCAGUCCUGUUUGCUCUUUGUGGGUAACUUUUACUAUUGGCUCUGUGAUUGUAGGUGUGUCUGGUUACAUGGCCUUCUGGGAUGUGAAUCUUGAUUCCAUAUCUAUGAUCAAUCUUGUUAUUUGCAUAGGAUUUUCUGUAGACUAUUCUGCUCACAUAUCUUAUGCCUAUGUUUCUAGUAAUAAAAUCAGUGCAAAUGAAAAGGCAAUAAGUGCUCUUUUCUACCUUGGUUACCCAGUUCUGCAAGCAUCUGCCUCUACCCUUGUAGGAGUUUUCAUUCUCUCUAUGGCAACCUCAUAUGUCUUUAGAACUUGCUUUAAGAUAAUGUUUCUUGUUAUUACAUUUGGGACUCUUCAUGGUCUCGUGUUCAUCCCUGUGUUUUUAACAUUUUUUAGUUAUUGUACUUGAUUUUCAAAUAGAUAACAACCCAAACAAUGGCCAAUACUAUGAAAAUUACUCAGUGUAAUAAGAAACUUGUUUUAAAUGAAAAAAUGGGAUUGCUAGCUACCGAUAGCAAAAAAUAAGCUAAAAUUUCUCCCAUUUCAGGAAGAUCAAAUUGUUCAUAAUGUUUUUAUGAAUUGUUCUAUAUUAAUCAGAAGAAAUGGACAGAUGAAGCCUAUUUUACAAUAAGCUAUUCAAGAUUUAUUAGAACAAUUCUUAGGGUUAUUUAUUUAGGCAUAGUACAGUUAUGAUUAAUGUAAAGAGGGAUCAGGAUUAUUCAGAUGCUGAUAAAAUUAAACCAUUCUAUUUAAUGCCAUGUGGUGAUUGCCGCAAAGUACAUGUGGAAGAACGCAAUUAAAUACAAAAAGAAGCGUGGAAUUGCUGGCAGUAUCAUGAUCAUAAGGCACGGCAAAUCAGAUUUGUAAAGAAUCUGGAUCCAUUCAAUAUUGAGGUAAGGCUUGUGAAUAGGGGAAGUUUAUAUUGUAAGUUUUCUCACUUCACAUUUCAUGCCCAUCAGUAAUUGGAAGAGGACAAGCUGGCCAUAUUCUAGCAACAAAACAAGCCUAGCUUUAUUGCAAAUAUUAGUAACAGCUGCAAACUACCUAUGUGCUAUAUUAUAGUUUCCAGAUAAUCAAAACUUCUGGCUCAUCUAAAGUAAAUCCAUUCUUUUAAAUUUCUCUCUGCAGCUUGUCUUGGCUAAAUGAAGUAUUGUACCAUAUUUAGAUAAUAUGGUAACUCCAAAUGGAUCACAAAUGGAUAGUUUAUGGCUAUAGAAAUUGCAAGGUGGGACUUUCAGAUGCAUUUAUAGGUAAUUCUAUUGUAUCCAGAUUUGUUAUAUUAUCAAUAUGUUCUAUGGACAAAAUAGCUGUUAGAAAUAUUGGCAAGCAUCAUAGAUUUGAUUCCUUAUAUGCUGAAGAUACUGUAUUUAGAUUAAAAAUACCUUAUGCAAAAUAGAGCCCUAAUAUCUAUAGAAUAAAAUUUUACAUGAAUCUAAAAACUGAGGUACAUUAUUCAGAUCUUCAUGAUAAAAUUCAUUUUGUUAUUUAUUUCAUUGAUAUCUGGAUUUUCCUCCCCUCUUUUCAAAGUGAAUAUUAGCUAUCUAAAUAUAAAUAUAACUAAAUUUUACUGUGGGAUAAAGAUUUAAUUGGAGCAAAUUAAUCUUUAGCUGAUUUUUUAACUUUCUCCCCCUCGAUAUUACAUGUGCCCACAGUUCCUAUUUAAAUAUGAUUUUGAUAAUAGAGGUCUUUUAUUAUUAAAAUACUUUGCAUACUAAUAAUGACCCCACUUCGGUAAAAGUUGUAACAGGUUUUAUUUGUUUGUUAGAUUUGUAUCCUGGUUUUAUUCUAAAAACUCAAGGCAGGCUUAGGUGAGAAAACUGAAGUCACAGGUUGUUGGGGAUGGGAAGAAAUUAAUCCUGAAGCAUUGUGGUUUCCAUUAGAUAUCUGUACAUGUAAUGUCCCUUCAUGUUAUCCCCACAACAGAACCUUACAACUUAGGAUGGAGUAAGAGUAUGGUUGGUUCAAAGUCACUUUGUAUGGUUCAAAGUCAUUCUGUACAUUUCACUGAUGAAGGAUGGGUUUCAGCUUGGGUCUCCUAUCUUCAAAUUGUAACCAGUACACCAUGUUGGCUAUUAUUUUAUCAAUAUCUGCUGUUUGACAAAAACAGGAAAAGUUAACAAACUUAUAUAACUCUUGAACAUGUAAUAAACUGGUCACACCCUUAGAAAAUAUGAAGCUUCAUCUAAAUGUUAAGUAGGAGGGAUGAGCUCUGUGGUACUACUCAAUGGUGGGCCCUAACCUAUCUCCUCCUACCACACCGACAGGAUUUACACAUUCAGGAAAUAAAAGAAUUACUGAAAACAACUCUUGGGUACACUUCAAAAUGCUUAUCUUUUGCAGAUUUCUUAAUUUAAGUCAGGAAUUGUUUUACUUUAUAUUACAAAAAUUGUCAAUUAGACUUGCAGAUUUCAACCAUUUUUUCCAUGACAUUUUUAAAAGUUAUUAACAAUUACUUUAACAAACAAGAAUGAGACUGUAAAAUAAUUAACUUUUGCUUCCUGUAAGACAACUAUACAUUAAAUAUAACUGCAA